AUGCCGAGGACGCUGUCAUCACCAGAGCGGUCAGAGUACCCGGUAGGGCCCUUGAAGGAGUUCAUCGCGCCAUUUCCGACCACCGCGAUUGUCUUCGACGUCUUCAGAGGAAGGACGUUCCCGAUGUUUUUGAGCAGGACUGUGGACCCUGCACCGAUGGUGCCUAUCAAGCUGAGCGAAGAAGGCCUCAGCGGGAAGAACUGGGUAAAACUAUCAAAAAUGGGGGCUUCCUGCUCAACGCUCCAAGACACUGAUCUCGCGGGCUACCUGAGCCAUGCACACGAACAGAACCUGAUAUCUACAAUUGAAGAGGGCCGAAGGGAGACGCAGGAGGAGUUCUACCGCGUGCUCGAAGACCGAGGUCGGAGAGACUGGGAGGCGCGCAAGAAACGCGUCUUCGAGCAGCUCGGCGCGCGUGUGGGCGGGGAGAACAGGGCGGUGGCGGAUCUCAAGAAGAGCACGCAUGGCAAGAACUUGCUAUCUGUGAGUGUGGGUCCAGCACCUACCCUGCAAAUGCAGAGCAAGAUGAUGGCCUAUGAUCGUGUCGUUGCCGAUCUCAACGCCUCGCGACUGCGCGGGACAUUGUACCCCAUCGUCCACGCACUCGUCCAGGCGUCGCAGUUCACCAACUCUGACCCGCGGUCGCAACAAACCACUCAGAACUUUCAUGUCCUGGCCAAAAUCACCGGGGAGCCCGCGUCGCUCCCCCCAUUGUCACACACCGGCGCGCACAUCCUCAACGCGCCACUCAUUGAGCGCAAGUAUGCUCGUGCAUAUUUGGGUGAUCGUGAAUCACGCGAGGCUGUUGAACUCCGCAGGCAGAUUGCCAAGGGCGCACGCCAAGCGCUGCAGGAGCAAUAUUGGGACGUCAUUGAGCGUACCAUCCAAGCGCGUGCAACGGAGGCGCGAUUGGGCGGUGACCCGAGCGUGGCCAACAAGAUCAGGGCGUACAUACUUUUGCGCCACUACCGCAAUGGCGAGUGGGAGGACAGGAUUGAGCUCGUGGCGAGCCAACCUCUCUGUGCAAGACUAUUCUAUUUGAUUGGCACCGGACACGCGCAAGAAGCGCUGGAAGAAGCAACGCGCCUCCAGCAAGCGAUUGAACACCGCGAAUCUAGCUUCCUCAGCCACCUGAGGGCAUGGGUCGAGUCUGCGGACAGACGGCUACCCAAACCACAUCGCGACCAGUUGCACACAGCGUACAACGCGCAUAUGCUCCACUCUGCGACGGCAGACCAGUUCAAACUCGCACUAUACAAGCUUCUGGGUAAGAUCGACCCGGCGCGCAGGAGCGUCGCGCAAGUCACGGUCACCACGGAGGACUGGCUUUGGUUCCAGCUGUCGAUGGUUGACGAGGACGAGUUCGGUGGCCUGAGAGGACUUGCGGAGGUGCUGCUGAGCUACGGCGAGCGGCAUAUGAUGGCAUGCCUGGCCAGAAGGGCGUCAAGCGUGGCGUUUGGGCAGGUGUCUUUCUCAUGUGCGGCCAGUUCGAAAGAGCUGUCGCGGCGCUGUGGGACCACCACAAAACCGAGGUGGAGGCCGUCCAUCUUGCGAUUGCACUCGCGUAUCACGAGCGGCACGAUCGAGCAGAACGCACUCCUGCUCAAGCUCGACGACACGCGCGAGUACAACAAGCACAUCCUCAACUGCAAUGUGAAGUCGUCUGAGGAGGCCGACCAUAUCCCGGAAGCGAUCAAGCUGUACAACCUCGCGGGUGACUACACAACCGUCAUCUCCGUACUUGCGCAAGCGCUGGGGAACACGCUCGCGCAGCCCAGUGUCGACGAGAAAGCGCGCACGUGCACGAACCGCCCAGUCGGCCGCGAGCGCGACGCGGUCAUCAGCAUGCUUCGUGUGCGCAAGGCGAUGGACGCGAAGGACGCGGGGCACGUCGAGAGCGCGCUCGAGCUCAUGGAGUCGACGGACCUCAUCCCGAUGGACUGCGACGUCGCGAAGAUCACAAAGCAUGCAGAGGAGUUCUGUGAGCUUCCGGACGCGCUGCAGCACAACCUGCAGAAGUUCCUUGCGCUCACAAUGGACAUCCCUGCGCCGUGA